CCCCUGACCGGAAGUGAACGUGAACGACUGCCCAGUAACUUACUAACGUUGAUCUCAUCUGAGACGACACUGUCGUCGCACUCGCACAGUAUCAAAUGAAAGUAAAGGAUCCGAUUCUGUGGAUCAGUCCCAUCUCUUCUACGAGAUAAAGACUCCUGGGUUCUCCCAUCUCGGCCCCUCUCUGCUUGGCAAGUUCGUUCAACUAAUUAGCUGCAAGUUAAAAUGGAUUCAUUCAUUCAUUCAAGGGUCAGAAAUGGGACACGGAAUGAUGAAUUUCUCCUCACCCGUCAAUUGGAGUUGGCGUUCCUUGAAAGCGAUAGAGAACGAGCUCUCUUGGUUUCUUCUUUUAUUAAUCUCGACAAUAAAUACUGGAACGACCCAGCAAGAGUUCAUUUGGAGCUGACGACUUGUGUGGGGUUAUUUCCGGUUCCAGACAACCGGCGCAAACGCAAACUCACAGAGACAGAGGGAGAGAAUGGCAGAAGCAGCAGUUUCAUAUUCACUAGAAGAAACACCGACGUGGGCGGUUGCAGUUGUUUGUUUUGUCUUAAUUUCCAUCUCUAUUCUUAUUGAACAUGCUCUCCAUCUCUUAACCAAGCUCCUUACAAGAUACAGGCGGAAGUCUCUCAAUCAGGCUCUCUACAAGAUAAAAUCAGAGUUGAUGCUUUUGGGUUUUAUAUCUUUGUUAAUGACCAUUAGUGAGAAGCACAUAUCUAAGAUUUGUAUCCCCAAGGACAUCGGAGACAAUUUCCUUCCAUGCAAGAGCACAGUAAUAUCGAGUGACAUUGAGGAGGAAUCCAGUUGUGAAGAGGAGGGAAAGGUUUCUCUUUUGUCCAGAAAAGGUGUCCAGCAGCUCCAGUACUUGAUCUUUGUCUUGGCCUUCUUUCAUGUUCUUUCCUGUGUUCUCACCUUUGGUCUUGGGGUGGCCAAGAUGAAGAAAUGGGAGUAUUGGGAAGAAGAAACAAGAACUCUAGAAUAUAAGUUCACCAAUGAUCCAAGGAGGUUCAGGCUCACUCAUCAAACAUCAUUUGGCAAACGACAUCUCAAGUACUGGAGUGAGCACCGUUUGCUUCGUUGGCCUGCCUGUUUUAUUCGGCAGUUCUAUGCGUCUGUUUCUAAAAUCGAUUAUUUCACUCUUCGCCAUGGAUUCAUUAUGGCCCAUUUUUCAGAAGGCAGUGAAUUCGACUUCCAAAAGUUUCUGAGAAGAGCUGUGGAUGAAGAUUUCCAAGUGGUGGUUGGAAUAAGCUUCUGGAUGUGGAUAUUCUCCAUGUUCUUUAUAUUUUUCAAUGCAUAUGGAUUUUACAACUAUUUCUGGUUGCUCUUUAUUCCUUUAGUAAUGCUUCUGAUAGUGGGGACGAAGCUGCAAGAUAUCAUAACCAAAAUGUGUUUGGAUAGCCAUGGUGAAACUCCUGUUGUUAGAGGAACUUUCAUUGUGAAGCCUAGUGAUAACUUCUUCUGGUUCAAGCGACCCCAAUUGCUUCUCCACCUUAUCCAGUUCGUCCUAUUUCAGAAUUCCUUUCAGCUGGCAUUCUUCACAUGGACAUGGUACAAGUUUGGGCUGAGAUCAUGCUUCCAUAGAACAAAGGAAGACAUUAUUAUAAGGAUCGCCAUGGGUGUUCUAGUGCAAGUCCUUUGUGGCUAUGUAACACUUCCUCUGUAUGCUUUAGUAACACAGAUGGGGUCAUCAAUGAAGAAGGCCGUCUUCACAGAGCGGGUCAUUGAAGGUUUAAAGAAAUGGCACAGGAAUGCCAAGCGGAGCAUAGCUACCAGCAAAACCAAUUCCGUCGGUCCUUCGCCAUCGCUGGAUCCUUCGCCUCCUCAAACACUUGAUGAAACUUCAGUAUCUAAUGGACAAGAGUUUGAAACGGUGGAACUUUAUCAUCCAUCAACUGAGGUUGGAUGUCUAAGUAUUGAAAUAAAGGAGGAAGAGAAGGCAGAAACUGAUGAGAUAUACAAACAAAGAAGCUACAAUGGUGAGCUCUCUUUUGGGAGGUAAAAUGAGCAAAAUUUGUUGCCAGCUGAAACAGCAUGGGGAGGCUUGGGCUUGGCUUGGAAUUCAAAAUGUGGACUGCACGCUGGAAGCUAAUUGAAAAGAAGAUUAUGAAUGAAUGGGCCCGGUUUCAUGACACAAUUUUUCAUUCUGGGUUGUUAUCCUUGACAAAAAAAACAUGCAUUUUUCCAAAAUUAGAGAUACUACUUGGAUAAAUUUCCAGCAUGUGAUUUGUCAGAUGCAUCAUUAUUAUUAACACAAAAUAAUUAUUAUAAUUGUGUUUCUUUCUAUGAAAAUGCUUGAAAGUU